GAACCGCUGACCUUCUGAUCGGCAAGUCCUAGGCUCUGUGGUUUAACCCACAGCAGCACCCGAUGGCCCUAAGCACGUGCUUAUUUUUCUCAGUAGUUAAUCCAGCCUUGCCAAUGGCUCCCAGCAAACUCUGCUUAAGUUAUAGCUGUGGGAAAUUCAGAUGAGGUAAGCAUGAGCCUACUAACUCAGAGCAAACUACUAACUGCUGCCUCUAAAAAAUGUAUGUGAAGCUGGAUAGAAUAACCCUUUCCCUUGACGUCAAAGUGAUCUGAAAGUUCACACCCACGUUAGACCUGGUUUGCUUUCUCUUGUUAUCAUAAAACAAUUCCACCUUUGUUGGCUCAAAACAGUCCUGGUGGAAGCCAGAAGCUUCAGUACCCAGCCGUGUCAAAUCUCUCUUCCUUCCUUCUCCACCUUCUCUGACUGGCUAUAGUUUCCUGUUCAAGCGGCAAGCCACACACAAACCCUGCCGGCAUCAUGGCAAGAUGCAGCGCUGUUUCGUGGAUACAACUCAUCUGCUUCUCCAGCGUGCUUUGCAAAGGAGUUUUGUCCUUGGAUCAUGUACCAAUGCUGCUCUGGUCGACACACAGAUCCUUCCAAGGCUUGGCAUCCACUUUACAUGAAGGGCAUGUUAUCUCAAAGCAUGAGCUGCACGCAUUGCUGAAGCAAGCUCUGGCUUCUCCAGACCCCAGAAACGUCGCCUUGUUUCUUCAAGAUGUGCUUAGUGUGGAUGACUUCACACGUUACGCCGGCUCCUCUGGAAAUGAGACACCGUUUCGCAAUGUUCAGGAACUUCUGAGGACUUCAUCAUCUUCUUUAGUCUUGCCAGCUGUGGACUGCCAUGCCGUGAGUCACCUUUCAGUGUACCUCCAAGAAACGUUGAACUGGGCCUUGGUAAAUGUAAACGGCAAAGAAACUUCCCAGCUGAUGGUUAAUGGAUCCAAACCCAAUAUGUUCGUGAUAAAGCUACCACUGACCAGCAGGACGAAUGACCUAUCCACUCAAAAGCAGCUCCUGGAAAAUGACAAAAUAAUUGGAGAGUAUACUAAGUCUUUGCAGCAACAAGGAAUUGAGUCUGUGGCCAUUUAUACAGCAAGGCGACCUUCAAAGGUACCAGUGGGACCUGAUGUAGAAUGGCAGAGCAGAAGGCACCUAAUGUCUGUUGAAAAACAAGAAGCUAAUCUCUAUGCCCCAAUAAAUAUAACCAAUGGAACAGGCCCCAAUGCCACGUGCAUCCUUUUUUAUGCCACAGAUUUAAACUUUACAGCCGAUGGCACUGUCAUGAAUCUAACCCAUCGCACAUUUGAAUCUCACGAAGUGGAUACCAGCAAUUCCACUUGUUCGGGGACCAAUGCCACGUUGUCGUUAAGAUACAGCAACCCAGUGAAGGGCAUUGAGAGUCUGGAAAUCAGAUUUUUGAUGACCAACAAGAUGUACAUAGGCUCUGCUCGAGAGUGGUUCACUUUAGAUUUUGUUCACAUUCAACAAGACAACAAGGAAACGGCUAUAUUUACUGCACCUUCCAUCUCUGGUCCUGCGGAGUAUUCAUUCCAUUGCCAGCUGGUGGGAACAAGCGACCAUUAUGGGGCAACGUUGACUCCCAGCAAUGCUGCAGCGAAAGAGUGGCAGGUUGUCAUCUCUGAGUUCCAGAUUCAAGCAUUUAGCGUUGAAGGCCACAAAUUUUCCUAUGCCAGUGACUGCACAACCUUCUUCACCCCUGGAAUUUGGAUGGGUUUGGUCUCCUCGCUAGUCUUAUUACUGAUCCUGACCUUUGGGAUCCACAUGAUUGUGAACCUCACAACCAACAAUAGGUUUGAUGACCCCAAAGAUCAACCUCUGUCAGUCCCGCAAGGAGAAUAGCAGGUGUGACAUUUGUCACGUGGUUGGGCCCUGCUGCGCAAGCCAUCUUCAUCAUUAUCAUUAUCAUCAUCAUCAUCAUCAUCAUAGCCAGCUGCAGGGCAUCCAAACUAGAUCAGGUCCAUGGUGUGAUGGGGGUGCUACUCUAAUCCUUCUCUCCAUUGUAUUGAUGGACAUCCUUUCCAUCUCCUUCCCAUGGGAGAAAAGUUCCAGUAGCAUCAAACUGGAGAUUUUCUCCCAUUGUGAAUAGCAGGUGAGAGCCUCCAAAUCUGAUCAGACCACAGCAUGGGGCAGGGGGAAAGGAUUAAAGGCCCACCCUUCUUCGAAUCAUAGAACUGUAGAGUUGGAAGGGACCCACAGGGUCAUCUAGUCCAACCCCCUGCGAUGACGGAAUCCUGCUCACACCCAUUCCUGGGUGGGCUCAAACCACCAAACUUCUUGUUAACUGAUGCACUGACCCUCUGUGACUCAGGAGAACUCUGUCAUGGCUGCAACCCAGCUAAGCCCUCCUACACCAGCUAAUUCACACCGGGGCUAACCAUGUGCAACAUCUCAGUAUCAUACCACGUUAUACAGUCAUGGCUUUCGCUAAAUAAUACUGAGAGGUGUGCAGUCAUACCUUGGUUCUCAAACAGAAUCCAUUUCGGAAGUCCGUUCG